AAAAAAUAGGGGGGUUGUUAAUCAAAAAAGAGAGAGAUGUAGAUUUUGCGCAGAAUAUAUGUAUCAGCCCAACAUUUUACGAGUAAUUGCUGUUGUUUAUGUUGACCAUACAAUGCCUUAUAUUUUAAUUUAAACAACAUAUAAAAUUCAGUUAUACCACAUUGGUAUGGUCGCCCCGGCUUUUCCUGUGUUUUGAAGUUGAUGGGCAAUCGAACAUGUCGGAAUCGGGAUUCCGAUUGCAAAACAAGGAGGAAACAGUUUGCGACAGUACGACGCGGCGUAGAUCAGCGGCAAACAUCAUAUCGCCUAAUCCGGGGGUGGACAAGAAGACGAUGGACUUCAGGACAGACUCGGGGAAGAAGAUGACGACGACGGAAUACUGCAGGAAAUUACAGGAGUGGAUGUGGCAGUACUACGGUGGCUACGCCAGCUGGCUCACCUGGACGGCGAUGUCCGCCUUUCCCUUACCAUCCUGCGCUCCGGCGAGUGAAGCCCACGUUGUCCCUCCCUGGGGGGCGCCGCAGCUGUCCGAAGCCCGCGGUCUCCACGGAGAUCAGUUUUCUUACCUCCCCCCGAAUCAGUUCGUUGGGAUCCCAUCCCCAGGUCUCCAAACGGGGGAGGUGACAGCUGGGGGUCCCCCUGUGCCCAACACCGCUACUGCUGCCCCGAGACCCGCGCAACAGCAGCAGCAAACAAACAGAAACACUCAACAAGCAGGUCGGGAAUACACGAUCCCUUCUCCUCUGCAAAGAUUUUUCGCAGAAAUGGUGGAUUUCUUCAUUCUUUUCUUCAUAAAGGCCACAAUUAUCCUCAGCGUCAUGCACUUAAGUGGAAUUAAGGACAUUUCCAAAUUUGCCAUGCAUUUCAUUGUGGAAGAAAUAGAUCAGGACACUUCGAUGGAAGACCUACAGCAUAUGAUGCUGGUGGCUCUUGUCUAUAGGGUGCUGGUAUGCCUCUAUGAGAUUAUAUGUAUCUGGGGAGCUGGAGGAGCCACACCUGGAAAGUUCCUUCUUGGCCUUCGUGUUGUCACGUGUGACACCUCGGUCCUGGUGCGACCCAACCGGGUUCUGGUGGUACCUGCAUCCAACGUCAAGUUUUCUGCAUCCACAGUGCGGGCCUUAAACAAGAACUUCUCCAUCGCCCUCUUCUUCCCGGCGUUCAUCACGCUGCUCUUCUUCCAGCACAACAGGACCGUUUAUGACAUUGUUGCCGGUACCAUCGUGGUCAAGCGAGGCAGGGCCAGGUGACAGUGUGCGAUGACAGCCGGAUGUUGGCCUCGUCCCUCGUCUUCCUUCGUAUUUAUGUAUUCCAGCAAGAAUGACUGCAUCCUGAGUUGUUUUUUCCCCAUUACUGGCUUAAUCUUUGCCCGCUGGAGACUCUGAGGCUUGGUUAGAGUGAGCUGGAGGGGAGAACUUCACCUAGUGCCAGGGCUCUGUCAGCACCAACCCAGAUCUGCCGCCUUUUUCAUGCAGAAUUGCAACUCUGUUUUUCUGUAUUGCAAAGCUGAAUGACACUUUCUGCUAUGAAAAUAUCUAUACAUUCUGCUAUGAUAAUACUUCAGGUAUGAAGAUCUUUCUAUGGAAUGAAAUUAUGGAUUGGGCUGUUUAUCAACUCUUUGGUUAAAUUAUUAGCUGUAGAGGUCGGACACAAAGUUUUAUACGAACAAUUGAGAAAUUCCUGACCUUUUUUUCUGAGGCUGAUGUACCUUGUAAUCUAAAAAAUAGCCUGUUUUAAUAUUCUGCCUGAAGAGAAAUGCUUUUAUUUGGAGUAUCUCAAAAUGAUUUUCUAUUUGAUAAUGCUUUCAGAGUAACUGUGAGAGGGGAAAAAAAAUGUUUAGUCAUUCAGCCGCUACACUGGGCCUGUCUGUCAGGCCAGGGCUCAGACGCUGAGCAGAGUCAUCUGUUAUCCUGCCCAUUGGCCAGGAUCCCGCUCGCUAUAGCAAUGCGUUGACCCCUCCUGAUCGAGCAGUGUUACUUAUAAAACGUUAUGAGAGAUGCCUGCCUCUCUGUCUAAGUGUUAUUUUUGUGCACAUGUCCGCCAACAAUAUAGCCAUCAUUUUUUGUUUUUCAUAUUCAGAUACACAUAUGUGGAAAAUAUACUUUCACUGCGUUUUACCAUAUGAAAUCAUCGAUAAUGCGACAAGUUUUAUUCCUUUGAAUUAUGAGAUAUUAAGGAAAAGAAGAUUUGCUUGCAGAUUAUUUCGAAGGGUGUACUAUCAAUACCUGUAUUAUAAGGUCACCGUAACAGAUUAAUGGUAGGAAUGAUAUGAAAGAAACGUGUUUCUCUGGUGCAUUUACUGAAGUAAGUCAUGUAUUGAAAUGGUUUAUUUGUACAAGACCAUUGUGACUGUAAGCUUUAUAGUGUUGUAGAUAUUCACCCAGUUAAAAACAGCCCGUGUUUUUAUACCAUGGAUAAUCUAGUAAAGCUGAGCCUAGAGUUCGGCAAUGUUUACACGUCAUAAAUUAACGUUAAGCUUCAGGUUUAAAUAUGCAUAAAAUGAUUAAACCCGACUAAUGAGUGAAACAAUUACAACAGCUCUACCUUUAACAUUUGUUUCCUGCAUCUUUAAUACAGCUUUUUGAGGGAUAAAUGAUUAGGGUUCAUUACCAGAUGUUAAACGUACCUUAAAAUGGUUUUAUAGAUUGACUAACUUUUAUUAGUGAAAUAAAUGAGUAAGGAAA